AUGCACCGCAAUUAUCGCCUGGAAGAAGCAGGAAGUACUGUAUAUUCCAUUUCUUGUGUCACGUCAAAUAUUUUACUGCAAGAACAAUACCUCCUAAAUAUUCAGAUGUUGGAUCAUGAUGCUUUUUAUGUGCUGUUUACAGCCUUCCUGCUAAAUGGACACAUACUAACUGUAAAUUCACAAGAACCAUGCAGUUCACCUGAUCCUAACAUUGCUGGAACUGUGUACGAAUCCACGUUUUCUUCUUUUGACUCCAACUCGCCACUUUAUAGAACAGACACAACGAUAGAAGGAAUAAAUCAGGGAACUCAGACAACAUCUGGAGUCAACAUAACCUUUCUUAGAACACAAGCCACCCCUGCUGAUCUUGACUUAAAUAAUCUGUUUGAAUUGAUAACUUUACCAGUAUCAAACUCAACCUUUGGAAGUAGGACUUUUAUCCGAUUAAAGUCAGCAAUUGACAGAGAUGGGAGUUCCUAUACUGAGAGUGAUGACCUCAACAAUAUUGAAUUUCAAUUAUCUUGUCGUGCAUUGAAAGACCCAACACAAACAAAGUUUUUCCUGAUGCAGUUGGAGAUUCGAGAUAUAAAUGAUAAUGCACCUAUAUUUAGAAAUACUUCUUACUUUGCUUCAGUCAUACAGUCGGCACCAGUGGGAACAACAGUGUAUUCUGGGGUAACAGCUACAGAUCUGGAUGCAGGAAGCAACAAAGAAAUUGAGUAUGCCAUAGUCCAAGGAAAUGAAACAUUCCCUGUGCAGUACUUUGAAGUAGAAAAGACCUCUGGUAAAGUUAUUUUGAAACAAGCAUUAUGCGCUACAACAAGCUCUCAAUUCCAGUUUUCAGUUUUGGCUCGUGACAAAGGAAAUCCUCCCCAGUUUUCUGUGGAUCAUGCUACAGUGAGGAUCACCGUGUACAGAAACUUAUUCCCACCCGUCUUCCAAGGAACACCUUACACAGCUACUAUUAACUUCAACAGUGUCAGUGGUACCACUGUCAAACAAGUCAACGCCACAGAUGCUGACGCACAGAGUCCCCACAAUGUUGUAACUUACUCUAUCAUUGGUGAUGCUACAGCACAAACUUUGUUCAGCAUUAACGCUGUCAGUGGUUUGAUCACAACUCGACAGAGUCUGUUCAAUAACAAUGUGGAAUCCUCUUCAAUUUUUAUAGAAGCCAAAGACGGGGCUAUUCCAAGUUUGUCGGCAAUAUCUAUAGUUAUCGUCACCAUUUCCAGAAAUCUUAACCCCCCAGAGUGGGUCAGCACAUCUUACACAGUGAACAUUACAGAAACUCAAGAUCUUGAAAUCACCAUUUCCAACAUGAAUACAAGGGACGCUGAUACUAAGUCGCCAUACAACACAAGAAUUACAACUUUGACGGGAGAUGCUGACAUGCUGCAAUUUUUCAGACUAACAGAGGAUGGCAGAUUGUCGGUUCAACGAUCUUUGACUCUUUCAACCAAAAGAACUUUCAUAGUAAAACAGAAAUAA